CCCAGACAGACGUCUUGGGAACCAUCAUUGCGACAAUCUGUACAACAAUUCCUAUCAAUCUUCGGAUCCCGCACCGCCUACAUUCCCUCAUGCGGCCUAUCUCCCGUUGAUCUCCUCGAUUUUUUCAUCCUCUAUCUCCGUGGAAACUCCCCAAAUCGUCUCCGGCCUCCACCAACAAACUCGCCCGCUUACAUUCGCGUGGGCCCCUCAAACAUCGCAUCCUCCCACAAUUCCGUCACUCGCACCACCACAAUCCGCCACGACUAGGCAUGUCCGCUAAGUCCAGCGGCGCGAACCCCCACGGAAAUGGGGAUGCGAAGAACCGACACCAACAUCACGAUGGUAGUGCAGGCCGCGCCUACACCGUAGAGCAAAAGGCCGCCGUCAUACGGAUAAAGAGAUGUUCGCCUACGGCAUACUACGAGAUUCUCGGGCUCGAGGAGGUCAAAUCCACGUGCGGGGACAGCGAGAUUAAGAAAUCCUACAGGAAACUGAGUCUGUUGACGCAUCCGGAUAAGAAUGGUUAUGAGGGUGCGGAUGAAGCGUUCAAAUUGGUAUCAAGAGCUUUCCAAGUUCUUUCCGAUCCCGAUAAGAAGGCCAAGUUUGACCGUUUUGGUGGUGAUCCGGAUGCGAGGUUCAAUCCUCAGGCUAGCAGCGGCGGUGGCGGCUCACCGUUCGGCAACUUUGCGAGGUCAGGAGGUGCCCAGAGGGGUGGCAUGUGGGAAGAGGAGAUCUCGCCAGAGGAGAUGUUCAGACAAUUCUUUGGCGGGGGUGGCAUGGGUGGUGGGUUCGGUGGACCAUUCGGUGGCGGCAUGUUCGACACAGGUCCAGGCUUCGUUUUCAACAUGGGCGGAGGUCCUGGAAUUCGUGUACAUCAGUUUGGAGGAGGACGUCCCCGCCGUCGACCCGGAACCGCUCAACCACCAGGCACAGAGCAACAAGGAUCUGUUUCCUCCGCUCUUUCUUCUCUCCUACCGCUCAUUCUCCUUUUCAUCCUUCCGCUGCUCACCUCGCUUUUCGGCGGCUCUUCAACUUCUUCUGGACCCAGUAUAUUCUUCGAGUCGAAAUCUCCAUACACCCAACAUCGCCUCACUGCGAAUCUGAAAAUUCCAUACUACGUCAAUCCCGUCGAAGUCGAUGAUUACAGUCGGAGCAAAUGGAGGAAACUAGACGAAAUGGCCGAGAGGAAAUACGUACACAACAUAAACGUGCGCUGCGAUAUGGAAAACGCACAGCAAGAGCAAAUGAAACAAGACGCACACGGAUGGUUUCUCAUAGACGAAGAAAAGAUGGAGAAGGCGAGGAAGAUGGAUAAGCCGAAUUGCCAGAAACUGCGAGAUAUGGGGAUCCGUUAUUACUAGAGAGGCGGUUGUAUUUUUUCUUUUGAAAGUCGCCAAGAAGCUACAGGUUGAGACAAUGAUGAUGACGACGACGACGUUGGCAUAGCGGCAUUUGGGCUGAUAAUCUUUCAUCUCCGUAUGUUCAAAUAAUAUUUUUUUCUUCUUGGUCAUAUAUGAAUGAAACUUCGUAACUAUGGCAUUUUUAUGCAUUAGGAGGUCUCUAAUUCUUCAAGGAGGCUUCCAUUGCUCUGAGUUUACCGUGAUUGAGCCAAGGUAUAGAGAAGGUACUGUUAAUCAAUCAUUCAUCAAUUGAGUCAAGCGUUA